AAGCAACGCACCACAUCCCCCGAAUCAGCCUCGCCCGUAGCCUGAUCAUUCCCAAUUUCUCCCCAUCUCGCCCUUCAUGGUCUUUCUUUAGCACCAUCGGCGUUUUAUCAUAGUGCAGAUGAUUUCCAAUAUUUGAGGUGUUGCACUUUUUUCCAUAUUUACAAUUGCUGCCGAGAGCCUCCGUCGUCGUGUUACGCCUUCAAUUGACAUUCGAUGGAUCAGCCGGCGGCAAAGAAGAGAAGGCUGGCUCCUAAGAUCGAGGCUCAAGCCAGUCCUCCGCAUCCGCCUCCAUUCCCCCACGAGCCUGCGCCGCCCGCACAGCUUUACCAGGUCCAAGAAGCGCCCCCACCGCCCCCAGAAAGACAUGAGUUCGAGUCAUUCGCGAGGCAUCUGCAAGAUGCCGCCAUGCUUAUAUAUCGACAAACCCAAAAAUCACCAUAUACAAAGACCUCUGUCCUUAUUCUACGCUGGGAAGAAGACAAUGCCGUCGAACAUGACCUUGCCGCCCUCGAUCAAGUCCUCUGCGAUCGGUAUAAUUACCGCACCGAGCGUUUCAACAUACCUACGGGUUUGAAUCCUAGCGUUAAACUCGGCGUUCGUAUGGCAUCAUUCCUUGAAAAGGCGGCACCCGAUCACCUAUUAAUAAUAUACUACGCUGGACAUGGUUAUGUUGAUACGGAUAAUCAACUCUACUGGGCAAGUAAUCCGGAGGGAGAUUCGAAAUUAAGAUGGAGCGGAGUUCGUUGUCUCUUCGAAGAUAUUCAAUCUGAUAUGCUUCUGCUUCUUGAUACUUGUGCCGCUAAAGAAGAGCCGAUUUCAGAGGGUAGCAGUGUUAAACAGAUCAUUGCGGCUAACUCACCCGAGCAUUAUUCCCGAGACCACGGUUUACGGUCGUUCACAUCCUAUGUUAUAGAAGCAUUGGCUAAAUUCAGCGGCGGGCGACCUUUUACUUCCGAGCAUCUAUAUCACGAAGUGGCUAUUCAGAGACAGCAAGAACUAAUACAGGCGUCUGGGUUAACUAACGGGGCUGGCAAAAGCAUAGCGCUUACUGAAAAGUUACCGGUUCUAUACGCUCUAAGUUCUAUCAAAGGUCAAGUUAUCUCUAUAUCUCCCCUCCCAUCUCACGCUGAAAUGCAAUUACGACCCCCGCAAGCUGGAAUUGACGGAGAUGCCCAACUGUUGAGGACGUCCCGGGAAGAUCCAAUUAUCCACCCAAACGCGGUUGCAGACUUAACGUUCGAUGAGCCGAGAGUAUUGGUUUGUACAACUUUUGUCGGCGAAGCCAGCCCGGACAUGUCUUCGUUCAACCACUGGCUUCACAACGCCCCUGCUAUUGCCUCGAAAAUUGCUGUUGAGGGCAUGUUUCUAGGGCCGCCUACGAUGCUGCUCAUUUCAAUGCCGGUUCCAGUCUGGAACGUUGUCCAGCACGAUAAAGUCUGCUGCUUCUUAGGAUAUGUGAAUUCCCAUAAUAUGACACAUCUUUACAAUCGAUUAGUCGGUUCCGUUUCCGUCAACAAGGCAUCGGCGAAGGACGUAGAAGACGGCCGGAUGCUUCUCGAAGCUCGAGAAGUGGCUGCGAGUACGCCGGUCGUCCGCCGGCAUGAACUUCCUAGCCAUUCUCAGCUACGACCGGAGACGCCCAUUCGUCUGGAGAGCAUGGGCAGGCUUGAUCCCAUGACCCUACCUCAACCAGCUGGUACCCCCAGUAUAGCGUAUACUAGCUCGAGGCCGGGCACCGCCAUAGCCAAAAAUGAUGUCGAAGAUUCAGCUGAGAUGCAGGAAGCUGCUGAACAGUUGAAGGCUUUGAGCCAUGUUCGGCCCUUGAGUAGCGAUAACAUAUCCGCAGCUCACGUACAAGCCACGCCUACAGAAAAUACGACCACUACUCGUCGUGAUGAAGUUUCGCCCCACGAGGCAAAUGAAUCUGGCGCAGACGAGACUCUGUACAAUCCCGAAUUCACACCGCCAUCCGCACGACCUAAACAGCAGCGGCGAUCGCUUCAAAAGCAAGCGCCAAAGCAGGAGACACGCUGUAAUCACUGUAGUCAUGCCCCCUUUAAAGAUUAUUCAUCGCUACGUAAGCACAUUGCUGCGGCUCAUACUCGACCAUUCCCUUGUGCCUUUGCCUUCGCUGGUUGCACUAGCACUUUUGGGUCUAAGAAUGAAUGGAAAAGACAUAUUGCUUCGCAACACUUGUGUCUCCAAUAUUAUCGAUGCUCAUCUUGCCCACAGAGCACGGUUGAAGGCAAGGGGAAUGAGUUCAACCGCAAGGAUCUCUUUACACAACAUCUUCGUCGCAUGCACGCCCCUUUCGCAAUCAAAAAGGCCCUCGCGAAGGGCGAUAGUAAAUUACAACUAGAUUGGGAAACGCAUGUAAAAGAUAUGCAGCAAACAUGUCUCGUGACUCGGAGACAACCUCCACAGAGAUCCUCUUGCCCCAAAUCGGACUGUGCGAGUGUUUUUGAGGGGCCUACUUCUUGGGAUGAAUGGACUGAGCACGUCGGUAGGCAUAUGGAGAAGGGCGAAGCGGGACGACUCGGUGUUGAUCGCCUUUUAGCAAAAUGGGCCUUGGAAGAAGGUAUUAUUGAACGUCGGGAUGACGGCGAAUAUCGGCUGUGUAGCGGAUCCAAUAGUAACCCCGAACGGGAAUCCGCCGGCAACAACCUCGAAUAUCAGUCCGACGGAAACAAACGAGACAGAGACAGAGACAGAGACAGAGACAGAGACAGAGAUCGAGAUCGAGAUCGUGACCAGGAACAGGAACAGGAACAGGACAGGGACCAAGAAGACCGCACCAUAAUAGCAGCGAGUACGAUGGUGGACAAAAUGGACGUGGACGAAUAACGCUGAGCUAUAUAUUAUACAGAAUGCUACCCAAAGCGAAGCAUUCGGGGGGAACUUUUUUUUGAGGGCGUAGGGAUCGGAUGAAAAUUACGUGCCUCGCGAGGUCUAACGGGGCAGGCUUACGAAUUUCCUUUGCUCAUUUUACCGGGUGUAUCCCAAUUAGAUGUGGCACGAUCACCUGACGUUUCUAUUUUGUUCAGCGCAGACUACAGGGACGACUGUACGACUAUAUACCACUUU